AUGAAAUUUAUAAUACUUCAUUUUAUUUUAGUUUUGAUUCAAGUCUCCAAUUAAACUUAAUAAUUCACUAGAUUUAAGAAUCAAUGCAACUUUAUACCUUAUUAGAAUAAUAUAAUAGGUAAAAUUUAGAUUUAAGAAAGUCUAAAUCUGGGGUUAUUGGAAUUAAUAACAAUGUAUUUAAUGUUAACCUUGGUGUACUUGUACAGAAUACAUGGGGUGUACUUAAAUCAGUUGUCCUAUUGGUCAUGUGGCUUAUUAGAAAACAAAAAUAUGUAUCCCUUGUCCCAAAGGUUGUAAAGAAUGCAAAUUAGGUUAUGAGAUGAAUAUUAAAAGUUGCUAAGAAUGCGAAGAUGGAUAUUAAUUAAUAGGUAAAUUUAAUAAAUCAGAUUUAAGGUAAAAUGUGUGUGGAAUUGACAGUUUUUCAAAUUAGAACAUCAUAAUUGAAAGAAGUAUAUAUGGUCUAUAAUAAUCCAUACAGUCAACCAUUAAAUAAUAAAUUUGCUAUAUGUUAAGAAUUAGAUUCUAGUACAUCACUUUGUUCAAGAUGUCCAGAUAACUAUUUUUUGAAUGAAUUUAAUUAAUGUGAACAAUGUCCAACAGGAUGUAUAUGUAGUCAAAGGGGAACUUGUUUGUAUUGUAUGGAUGGAUAUUUUUAUAGUCCAGUGGCUAAUGAGAAUACAGCUAUAUUGAAUGCUGGUUAGCGAUUGCAAAGUGGAUUUUAUCAAUAUGGUAGAAUAAUUAAUAUUUAUAAUAUAUAUAGGAAGUGGUAGUUGUGUCAAAUGCAAGGAUUCAAAUGCCACAUAAUGUACACCUUCAUUUUCAUCUUCAUGUGCAUAAGGAUAUUAUAUGAAUAAUGCUUAAACAUAAUGUGAACCUUGUAAUGUUGAAUGUAUUGCUUGCAAAACUUCAUCUGAUAAUUGUUCAAGUUGUUAAAGUGGAUAUUAUUUAUAAAAUUCAAGUUGUAUACUUUGUAAUAGCAACACUUUAUUAGAAAUGAAAUGUUUAAAUUGUUAUCAAAGUGGUUAUUGUUUAUAAUGUGCAACAAAUAUGUAUUUAUCAAAAGGACAAUGUUUUACUUGUAGUGAAGGUUGUGUUUAAUGUACAAAUACUACAUGUACUAUGUGUGAUAAUGGAUAUUAUUUGAAAUAAGGAUCUUGUUAAAUUUGUGCUUAAAAUAGUUAAUAUUGUAAUGAUGAAACUGGAACACCUACUUAAUGUAUUUAAGGAUAUUUAUUGGUACCUGAUAUAAAUAAUACUAAUAAUCUUAUUUGUAGUUAAAAUAUUAAUAAUUGUAUGAUGAUGAUUAAUAGUGAUUAAUUAUGUUCUUAAUGUUAUCCUAAUUAUGUACUAUUUUAAGGAACAUGUGUAUAAUGUUAAUAAAAGAUAUUAGGAUGUACUGCUUGUGUUGAUAAUAAUAUUAAUUUAGUUUGUUCUUCUUGCUCUUCCAAUAAUUAAAAUGGUAAUAAUUAUUAUUUGGAUGUUAAUAAUAAUGGUUGUACUCUUUGUAAUUAAGGAUGUUUAACAUGUUCAACAACUGGAUGUAAUUCUUGUCUAAAUGGCUAUUAUUUAUAAAAUGGAUAAUGUGUUGAAUGUCAAUAAUAAGCAUGCAAAACUUGUACUUCUUAAACUUGUCAAGUAUGUUAACCAGGAUACUAUUUAAAAUCAAUUGAUAAUUAAAAUAAUUGUAUGCUUUGUCCUUAUGGUUGUUCUAACUGUAGUCCUAAUGGAUAACAAUGUUCAGAAUGUUUACCUGGUUUUAUUUUAAGAGUAAGAAAUUCAUCUUUAUAUUCUAUAGAAUAAUGGUUGUACAAUAGGAACUAUCUUUUGUGCAGAAUAUAAUGAUUCUGGAAUUUGUAAAACAUGUAUGUAUGGAUUUGCCUUAAGAAAUAACAUUUGUGUUUCAUGUAUCGAUUUUACAAGUGGAGUAUCAAUAUUAAUUUAAUAUUAGUAUGUAUGUGGUGAAAAUGCAGAACCCUGCAAUAGUUUUAUACUUAUAGCCAUCCUCUUAAUAUAAUUUCUAAAUUGA